GCCGGUGCACAGUUCACCGCUGAGCUCCGAGAAGACAGAGUGCGCUUAAAGUGGAGGCUUUAACUCCGGGAUGCAUCCGUGUGGCGUCUUAUAAACAACCACAAUUCACCUCCAACGACCAGCCGUCCCCCCGUUUCCCCCCCAAAACACACCCACUUUCCCCCUCUCUUCUUCCCUUGUGUGUGUGUUUUUCUUUAUCGGAACCGACACUGGAAGGACUUAAGCCUCGAACUCAACAUGUCAAUUCUGCCGUUCACUCCCCCCAUCGUGAAGAGGCUGCUGGGCUGGAAGAAGGGAGAGCAGAACGGCCAGGAGGAGAAAUGGUGCGAGAAGGCGGUGAAAAGUCUGGUGAAGAAGCUGAAGAAGACGGGCCAACUGGACGAGCUGGAGAAAGCCAUCACCACGCAGAAUAUCAACACCAAAUGCAUCACCAUACCGAGGUCUCUGGAUGGCCGUCUGCAGGUCUCCCACAGGAAAGGUUUGCCCCACGUCAUCUACUGCCGUCUGUGGCGCUGGCCCGACCUGCAGUCCCACCAUGAGCUGCGGGCGGUGGAGCUGUGCGAGUACGCCUUCCACACCAAGAAGGAUGAAGUGUGUGUCAACCCGUACCACUACCAGAGAGUAGAGACGCCAGUACUCCCACCGGUGUUGGUGCCCAGACACACAGAAAUCCCCAGUGAGUUCCCACCUCUGGAUGACUACAGCCAUUCAAUCCCAGAAAACACCAACUUCCCUGCUGGCAUUGAGCCCCAGAGCAACUACAUACCAGAAACGCCACCACCAGGAUACCUCAGUGAGGAUGGAGAGACCAGCGAUCACCAGAUGACCCACAGCAUGGACACAAGCUCCCCAAACCUGUCACCUAACCCCGUUUCACCCACACAUAACAGUCUAGACCUUCAGCCAGUGACGUACUGCGAGCCGGCCUUCUGGUGCUCUAUCUCCUACUACGAGUUGAACCAGCGAGUAGGGGAGACCUUCCACGCCUCACAGCCCUCGCUGACAGUGGACGGCUUCACGGACCCGUCCAACUCAGAGCGUUUCUGCCUGGGCCUGCUGUCCAACGUCAACCGCAACGCGGCUGUGGAGUUAACACGCAGACAUAUUGGCCGUGGCGUGCGGCUGUAUUACAUCGGAGGAGAAGUGUUCGCCGAGUGUCUCAGCGACAGCGCCAUCUUUGUCCAGAGCCCCAACUGUAACCAACGCUACGGCUGGCACCCUGCCACAGUCUGCAAGAUCCCUCCAGGAUGUAACCUGAAGAUCUUCAAUAACCAGGAGUUUGCCGCCCUGCUGGCCCAGUCAGUCAACCAGGGCUUUGAGGCUGUUUACCAGCUCACCAGGAUGUGCACCAUCCGAAUGAGCUUUGUGAAGGGCUGGGGAGCAGAGUACAGGCGACAGACGGUGACCAGCACCCCCUGCUGGAUCGAGCUGCACCUGAACGGCCCCCUGCAGUGGCUCGACAAGGUGCUCACACAAAUGGGCUCCCCGAGCAUCCGCUGCUCCAGCGUCUCUUAGGGAAACCUCCACCCACCCACUUCCUGUCAGUGACUAAAAAAAACACACAGACUGUAUGCAGGCAAGAACGGCUACACGAGUACGGAAAGCAGACGAGCCCCCCCCCCCCCCUCAUUCAGCCAAUCCUCCAUCUGUAACUUAGUCCUUCCUCCCCACCAGCUGUCAGUAGCACUUUUUAUAUACAUGUUGUUUGUGGCGAAAGGGGACAAGUGCAUUAAAGCAGAACCAUGUAAGUAUGAGCUCAACAUUUUGUCCAGAAUUAUUAUAAUGGCAAAGUGCCAUAAAGGCUGUAGCAAUGGGAGGAUUUUUUUUCUUUCUUUCAAUUAAGAGAUUCUCAUUUCUUUGCUCUUGUUUAAAUUUCUUUAAUUUUUUAUGAUUUCUAUAUGUUUUUUUUGUACAGAUGUUACAGUUGCUAUAAAGAAAAUGAACGUCAUUUCUUUAAGCAUUAAUAAUAAUUUUGUAAAGCAUGUAUACGAUCAUGUUAAAAGCAUUUCACUUGACUUUGUUUCUGUAUGUGGGCAUUUGAUUGGUUAUGAAGACAUUAACAAAUGUGACCCAGUGAGACGGAUUGAAAAUGAAUAUUAUAAUGGAAAUGUGCAGCCAGCAUUUGUAAACACUGUGUGAAGGAACACAAUGUACGUCUAGUACAAGCAUUUGUUUUUUUCAUACUGUCGUAUGUUACCCUGACGAGGCAAAUAGCACAGUGUUUAUUUACAGAUUUGAUUUUCAGACAGGAACAAAAGAUAAAGCAAGAAAUCAGCCAAGAUUAAAAUGAAGCCGACAGGAGUUACAACUCUUAAAACCCAUACAAGUACUUAAAGACAGUGGCAUUCAUCAAAUGUCAUCAGGAAGAUGAUGCACUUUUGUAAAAUGUUAAUAUUCUAGCAAAGCAAUGUCGUCAAAAUACAUUAAAAGUCAGUUGUACUUCACAGCUGCAAUAGCUCUUGUCAGAAGGUUAUAUUAAAUAUAUCCUGCAUUGAUUUCAGGAAGCUUUGCCAAUUUGCAAAAAAAAAUACUUUUGCAGCAUUGUAUUGUGUACUAGGUAGUAUUAUGACUUGAAAACAUCUCACAUACUGUACUGUUCUGCAAACUUUUAGUUAAAUUAUGAAUUGAGCACACACAAUGUAGUUGGAAUACUUGUGUGUGAUAUGAGUAUUCUGCAGAAUGCUGUGUAAAGAGAGCAGGAAGAUGCCUUUUGCUUUUUUAAUUUUCUCUCUCAGCAGUCCAUAACAUUGGUCUUAUGUUUUAGCCAUCAGUGAUAUUGACUUUUUUGCACACUCAGGACCGUGAAAAACAGCUGAAUUAUGUACAGAAACCAGUGGAAAGAACAGAUGCAUGUCUGUGGAGACUUUAAAGUCUAUUUUGCUACCAAUUAUUUUUGUAGGACAGUGAGGCGAUAAUGUGUUUUUGCAUGAUUUUACAGGAAAUACUGCUAGCGGGUCCGGAGAUACAAACUUGUAUUUUUCUACCUGUGAAGACGAGGCAGUCUCAGUACAAAGCACAGCUUUUUACAAAAGGGAAAUGCUUAGACGGAUAGAGGCAUGUAAAUAACAGUAGCUUCUCAAAAUCUAAUGUCCCGAUUUUAUUUUUCUUGCUCUAUGUACAUGUUGUACAUACAUGUCUUAUAAUGUGACCGCCAACCUUUAUAAUGUUGAUGGUUUUUGAAAGAAAAGAACAAAAAAAAAGGUUUGAAAAUGAAAAAAAAGAAGAAAAUGUUCAGAAAAGCUUUUGCUGAAGUGUAAAAGCAUCGUUUCAGCUUUAGUCCUGUUUCCUUUCAGACACCCACUGUGGUGGAAGUGGAUCGAUUUCCUUCUGGCUCCAUAACACUAGACAAAGACACAGUGGGAGAACACAGACAAUAUUUUGAAUCCUUUCACAGUACUUAUUUACAUUAACCCAGCUUUUGAUGUUAAUGCCUGCGCAGUGGUGCUAAUCUUUAACACUUUAGGGACUCAAGAGAACAGCAAAGCCAUAUUAUAUUACCCUUUAAGCUGGUUGAUUUUUUUUUUAUCUCUAUUAAAUAAUGAUUUUAAAACCUUCAAACAUGUGGGAUUGUUUCAGAGACAGUAGCAUCUACCGAUCUGAGACAAGACAGCUCUUUGUAGAGCUUCUAGUGUCCUUGAACGCAGCAUCCCUGACCCUAAUGGGCUCUUUAAACCCCUCUGGUCAAUGUAAUAACCCAGUAGGGAAUAUUUUUAUACACUCUUCAAGUUCUAGUGCUUGUGCCCCCCCCUCCCCCCCUGUUCAAACUGUUCACUGUAACCGUUUAUUAGUUGUGAUUUAUGUAUUUGUGCUCUGAAUUGGUCUUUUUAGAUGUCUUGUAUAAAAGUAUACCGUUUAUUUUUCUGUGCAUAUAAAAAAGUUGAUGUGACGCUUAAUAUUUCUGUUUAUUAUUGUUCUAUAAAUAAAAUCUACAUAUCAUGGUGAUAAUGGGGCCGAGUAAGAAGCAAACCACAUCUGUAUUUCAGUAAAAGUCAUGGUUAUUCUUGUACUUAAAUCAGAACGUACUAACUUGAUUUUUAUAGCUUAACAAGUUGUGUACUUAAAUGUGACAUUUCAGGUCUUAGACUCCUCUGUCUAUGUUCCUUUGUAGUUCGGGGAUUUCCUCGUCUGUGGUGGAU